AUGAGCACAGUCAAGCCAACUUCAAAUGUGAUGGGUGAAAGCGCCAUCGCUGGCAUCUUCGCAGGCACGCAUUCUCUACCCCUGCCCCGCUUAACUCUCACGUAUUUCUUCGCACAGCGCUACCGCCCUGCCCAACCGCCGACGUACACGAGCCGCCUAGCAGGAGACAUAACACUACGCUUACGAGCGCCCGUGAACCGCCUACCAGACACGUCGAUGAGCGCAGAGGACGCGGCCGAGUUGCCCUCGUACGACGAGGCACCACGUACUGUCAGCCCCGUGCAGACUAUUAUCGAUAUGGAAAUUCCAGUCCCCCCUCCUCCACCUCCCUCACUCCAGUCUCGGGCUAGCUCGAGCAUCCCACCGCCGUACGAGCCCUCCCUGCAUCCUUCUGCCCCAGGAGUAGAGGGGCUUGAACCUCCUCCUGCCGCCCGGCCGGGUCUAAGUAGCCGUAGGACGAGCGGAAAUGUACCCUCCAUCGGGGAGGGCCCCUCCUCUCCGAAUCCUCAACCUGUGGUCCCACAUCCUCGUUGGCCAAAAAGUCACCUGCUCGAGAGUCUGAAAUUCAUGAUACGCGCCGAUAGCACGACUGCCUCUGCAUCUUCCUCUUUCGCUCAUCGUCGGCCGGCGCAUGAGGGGUUGAGGAGCCGACUGGCAGCUUUGAGUGAGAGACAGACGCCAACGCCGACUGAGAUGCAGGUUCACGCAGAGGUCGCUACGGAGGUCGCACCGGCGGUACCGCCUACCCCAGCGGCUCCGGCAUCUCAGGCCAUGCCAGCGACCACGUGA